AGUGGAAUGUCCUUGGGUCCUCAAUCUGCCUUUCCUCCAGGCCCAUCUGCCUAGCCUAGCCAGGGACCCCUGCCUGUCUGAAUGCCUGAACUUGACUUGGUUUACCUCUUCCAACCUGGCAUCUACCAUUUGGCACAGCACUCUGUCUGAGGGCCUGGUCUCACAAACUCACCACAAUCAAACAAAAUUCCUCCCAGCCCCUCACUGCACAUAACCCACAGAUGACUCAAAACAGACAAGACCCCAGAAGAAGGACAAACCAGACUGCACGUCUUCAACGUGAUAAGACAGAAUGGAGACUCUGGACAGUGGUUCCAGAGGAGCAGUCACAUAUGGUUCACUUGUCCUUUUGAGAAAAUUCCUAGGACCUCUGCUCUGGAGAUAGCACUUGCCCAAUCUUAUAGGCCCACUGGGUCUAGUUUCUUUGGACUGAGACACCUGAGGGCUUCUCAGUCUGGAAGGAGAGGAGCUGGGGGCUGAUAGUCUAAGUCCAUAAUGGAGGCUCCACCCCUUCCCGCUGCUUCUGUAUCUUGCAGGAACCUAGGGAAGUCUGGUCUUCGGGUAUCCUGUCUUGGCCUAGGUACCUGGGUCACAUUUGGUUCUCAGAUCUCAGAUGAGACAGCAGAGGAUGUGCUGACUGUAGCCUAUGAGCAUGGUGUAAACCUGUUUGACACCGCCGAAGUGUACGCAGCAGGAAAGGCUGAAAGAACCCUAGGCAACAUCCUCAAGAGCAAAGGUUGGAGGAGAUCAAGCUAUGUCAUCACUACCAAGAUUUUUUGGGGAGGACAGGCAGAAACUGAGCGAGGUUUAAGCCGAAAGCACAUCAUUGAGGGCUUGCGAGGAUCCCUGGAACGCCUCCAGCUGGGAUACGUGGACAUUGUCUUUGCCAAUCGCUCAGACCCCAACUGUCCUAUGGAGGAGAUUGUGCGAGCCAUGACCUAUGUCAUCAACCAGGGCCUGGCCCUAUACUGGGGGACAUCCCAAUGGGGGGCUGCAGAAAUCAUGGAGGCCUACUCCAUGGCCAGACAGUUCAAUCUGAUUCCUCCAGUGUGUGAACAGGCAGAACACCAUCUGUUUCAGAGGGAGAAGGUGGAGAUGCAGCUGCCAGAGCUCUACCACAAGAUUGGAGUUGGAUCAGUCACUUGGUACCCUCUAGCCUGUGGUCUCAUUACUAGCAAGUAUGAUGGGCGAGUCCCAGAUACCUGCAGGGCCUCCAUCAAGGGCUACCAGUGGCUCAAGGACAAAGUGCAGAGUGAAGAUGGCAAGAAGCAACAAGCCAAAGUCAUGGACCUUCUGCCUGUCGCUCACCAGCUGGGCUGCACCGUGGCCCAGCUUGCUAUUGGUGCUGAGCCAGCUGACCCCGCAGACGGUGAUGGAAAUAGACGGGCUCCUGGGAAACAAGCCGCAUUCCAAGAAGUAGUCUGUCGCGGGCGCAGGGACCCAACCCGGUAUCGCUGCACCCGCCAGACACCCGCUCGCCGCAGCCGCCUCUCCCGCUCCGGAUCCCUCCACGCAGCGGCCGGAGCCAGACUAGCCCCGCCCGCCAACGAGUCCCGGCUUCGUAGUGAUACGCAUGAACAAAGCCAUAUCCUUUUGCAGUGGGGUCGAGAGAGAAAGUAGUACGCCUGCUCCCUGCUGCGUCUUUCUAGGCCCUUCUUGCAAAUCCCGGGCAUGAGCUACUUGCCGUCGGCUCUCUGCCACUUGGUCUCGCCCCCUACUCUCCUCCCCUUAUUCCUGAGGCCCAGAAAAGAAAACAAAAACAAAAACCCAGCGCAUACAAGAAACAUGCAGAGUACCUCAAAAGGGGCCCUUGAAAUGUCAUCAAUGGGUAAUAACCUAGUGAGUGAGUUGUGAUGUCAUCUGGAACAUAGGAAAUGGGGCUCUUAGGGUAUUCGGUACGAAGGAAGCCAGGCUGGUCCUGGCAGGAAGUAAAUGAUAAUCUUUGGGAAACCAGGACCCUGCCUCCCAGCCCAGAGGUGGAGGAGGGCGGUCAGGGUGGGGCCUACAGUGGCACAGCACUGACAAAGGUAGAGGGAAAUUUAAUAGCACAUCUACACUGCAGUCUGGUGAAAGUGGCCGGGGUGGCCCUUGGAAAACAAUUGGGCUGUUCUUGGCAGGAAUUAGUGACAGCCUUUCUGUCACGGGCAGGGACAAGGGGCUGACAUAAAACGUCUGGGUAUAGACUUUUGAGCCUUGAGCAGGGCCUCCUACCUGGCAGUGGGGAACUGCAGUCUUCCUCCUGGCAAUAACCCUAAAGCAAUAAUGAUGGCCCCUCCUCUGUAAGACUUCGCAGGGAACGGUAAAACCUCAGCUUGAUCCUCACAGUGUCUAAAGUUGCAGGGGCUUGGGAGGUUAGGGUCUUAGGGUCACAGUCUCACCUGUCUGGUCCUCUCGCCCCCUAACAUUAGAAAUCUCCUAGCAUUAGCUUUCUCUCCAUUGCUCAUUCACCUUGGUGACCCAGGCAUCGGGCUCCUAGUCACUGUUCUCAUCAAGGACCAAGACACCAGAUACCCCAGGCCCCAGUUUUCUUCCUUCAGCUACCACAUUCCUUAGAACCCAGAAAUCUGGCUUCUUAAUUUUGUUCCUCUUUCUAUGAAAGACUUAGCUAUCUGCCCUUAUUUGUUUGUAUUUAAAGUAAUAUUAGCCAUA